CAAAAGGGGAAGGGAGAAGAGGCAAAACAGGGGGAAACAACAAACUUAAAACAGUGGAAGCUGCAAAGUCAACAGCAAAGAAGUCUGCUUUAUUAUUAUUAUUAUUAUUAUUAUUAUUAUUAUUAUUGUUUUCUUUUCUCCUUUGCUGCAGAUGACCCUCUAACCAAAACUGUUACACAAAUCGAUCAUGUAACUAUUUUUCCAUUCUUUCUAUCUCGCCAAAAAUCCUGUCUUUAUACGAAAAUUAACCCAAAAAAUUGUUACCCAAGGCCCUUUUCUUAUAUUCUCUGUUAUCAUUUCCUUAUUCAAUUGCUUGUGCAAACUAAUAAGAAGCAGAAGGAAGAGACAGCAAAAAAUCUUCCACCAAACAACAACUACAAUUGAAUUUAACACAUUUUUAGCUCUUAACAGACUGUGAUUUAAGGGGUUGGUUUGGUCUGGAAUUUGGAUUGAAGGUGCAUGGUGGGACUUUAAUUGACCAAGUUGGAGGUAGUUUACGUUGUUUUGAUCCUAUGGAUAGGUUGUGCUGUUUUGGUUCUUCUUGCUUUCAGCUUGUAGGAGGACAUUCAUCAUCAAGUUCUGGUAAGGGAAAAAGCCACAAGGGUUUAAGCAAGUAUGGUUUCAUCCUGAUAAAAGGGAAAGCCAAUCAUCCCAUGGAGGAUUACCAUGUUGCUAAGUUUGUGCAGAAUCAAGGACAUGAAUUGGGGCUUUUUGCUAUUUAUGAUGGCCAUUUGGGAGAUGGCGUGCCUGCAUACCUACAGAAGCAUUUGUUUUCCAAUAUCCUAAAGGAGGAAGAGUUCUGGAUUGACCCCUACAGAUCUAUCUCAAAAGCCUACGAGAAGACUGACCAGGCAAUUCUUUCUCAUGGUUCUGACCUGGGGCGAGGUGGGUCCACAGCUGUGACUGCAAUUUUGAUAAAUGGUCAAAGAUUGUGGGUAGCUAAUGUUGGGGAUUCAAGAGCUGUACUUUCCAGAGGGGGUAAGGCAAUUCAAAUGAGUACAGACCAUGAACCUAACACUGAACGAGGCAGCAUAGAGCACAGGGGUGGCUUUGUCUCAAACAUGCCAGGAGAUGUCCCUAGAGUUAAUGGGCAGCUGGCAGUUUCUCGUGCUUUUGGAGACAAGAGCCUCAAAUCACAUUUGCGAUCUGACCCUGACAUACAAGACACCAUCAUAGAUAGUAAUACAGAUUUCUUAGUCCUUGCAAGUGAUGGCCUUUGGAAGGUGGUGUCAAAUCAAGAAGCUGUUGAUAUCGCAAGAAGGAUUAAAGACCCAUUAAAAGCAGCUAAGCAGUUAAAAACUGAGGCAUUGAAAAGAGACAGUAAAGAUGAUAUAUCUUGUGUGGUUGUUAGAUUUAGGGCGUAAAGCCUACUGAACAGUAUCUUCUCCUGAUGCUGCGUCCUUAUACGAGAGCUCCUUUACUAGGAUACUGAUUUGUGGAUUAGACAAACGAUAAACACAUACUUGGUUAGGCUUAUGGAGAUGUUCUGCAGUAGUAUCUAAUUUGGGAGAGGAAGCGUAGGGCUCCCCAGCCUUUGUAAAUGUAUUUUAUUGAUUAGGUUCUGGUGUUUGAAAUUGUUUGAUUUCUUUGGGAAAUUGAAUUAGAAAUCUGAUGUACAUUGUCUUAUGAUCUGUACAGGAUCAUGUAUCUUUUUUUUUUCAUUUUCUAAUGAAGAGUGUGGUUUUGAUU